UUGCACACCUCUAAAAAAAACACUGCCUCUGAUUUAUCAAUAUAAAAAAGAUCCUCUGAGAGGAGGAGGGCGCUUCUGUGUGAUGGCAACUUCACUUCUAGGGGAAGAACCGAGGUUGGGAUCCACUCCUCUGGCCAUGCUUGCUGCUACCUGUAAUAAGAUCGGCAGCCCCAGCCCGUCUCCCUCCUCCCUGUCGGACAGCUCUUCUUCCUUCGGUAAAGGCUUCCACCCUUGGAAACGCUCCUCGUCUUCCUCCUCCGGCAGCUGCAACGUAGUGGGUUCCAGUCUCUCUAGCUUCGGCGUGUCUGGGGCCUCUCGGAACGGCAGUUCGUCCUCGGCCGCAGCGGCAGCGGCGGCGGCAGCAGCGGCGGCCGCGGCCCUGGUGUCCGACUCGUUUAGCUGCGGGGGCUCGCCGGGCUCCAGCGCCUUCUCUCUCACCUCCAGCAGCGCCGCCGCAGCUGCAGCGGCUGCCGCGGCCGCCGCUUCCAGCUCGCCCUUUGCCAACGACUACUCUGUGUUCCAGGCCCCGGGCGUCUCGGGGGGCAGCGGCGGCGGCGGCGGGGGAGGCGGCGGCGGUUCCGGAGCGCACUCGCAGGACAGCUCCCAUCAGCCGGUGUUCAUCUCCAAGGUGCACACGUCGGUGGACGGACUGCAGGGCAUCUACCCGCGCGUGGGAAUGGCGCACCCGUAUGAGUCGUGGUUCAAGCCGUCGCACCCGGGCCUUGGCGCCGCGGCCGACGUGGGCUCCGCUGGCGCCUCCAGCUGGUGGGAUGUGGGCGCGGGCUGGAUCGACGUGCAGAACCCCAAUGGGGCGGCAGCGCUGCCCGGCUCGCUGCACCCGGCUGCCGGGGGCCUCCAGACGUCGCUGCACUCACCGCUGGGAGGCUACAACUCGGAUUACUCCGGCCUGAGCCACUCGGCUUUCAGUAGUGGUGCUUCGUCGCACCUGCUCAGUCCUGCAGGACAGCACCUCAUGGACGGUUUCAAGCCGGUAUUGCCUGGCUCUUACCCCGAUUCUGCCCCGUCGCCGCUGGCCGGCGCGGGUAGCUCCAUGCUGAGCGCGGGGCCCGCGGCGCCGCUAGGGGGGUCCCCUCGCUCGUCCGCGCGCCGCUACUCGGGCCGCGCCACCUGCGACUGCCCCAACUGCCAGGAGGCUGAGCGGCUGGGCCCAGCGGGUGCGAGCCUGCGUCGCAAAGGGCUGCAUAGCUGUCACAUCCCGGGCUGCGGCAAGGUGUACGGCAAGACGUCGCACCUGAAGGCGCACCUGCGCUGGCACACGGGCGAGCGGCCGUUCGUGUGCAAUUGGCUGUUCUGCGGUAAGCGCUUUACGCGCUCCGACGAGCUGCAGCGGCACCUGCGGACCCACACGGGUGAGAAGCGCUUCGCCUGCCCGGUGUGCAACAAACGCUUCAUGCGCAGCGACCACCUGAGCAAGCACGUGAAGACACACAGCGGUGGCGGCGGCUCGGCGGGCUCCAGUGGCGGCAAGAAGGGCAGCGACACCGACAGCGAGCACAGCGCGGCGGGAAGCCCGCCGUGCCACUCCCCUGAGCUGCUGCAGCCUCCAGAGCCCGGCCACCGCAACGGCCUGGAGUGACUGUCGCAUUGCCUCCCACCUGAGUCCAGUCGGGCUUGUGUGCC